AUGCGGAUCCUCUACUUUCCACUGCUCGCAUCGAGCUUCUUGGUCGCUCGGACUCUCGCAACAGACACCAUCAGUACUAACGAGGUAUCGACUUGUUUAACCAGCUCCGACGUUGAAGUCAGGGAGCUAUCAGUAACCUACACUCGUUCCACGAGAGAGGUCGUUUUCAAAAUUGACGGGACAAGCAAGAGAGUACAAAAUGUUACUGCAUCAUUGACAGUGACUGCAUAUGGCAACCAAGUCUAUUCGAAGGAUUUCGAUCCUUGCAGCUCCGAGAACUACGUCGCGCAACUCUGUCCUGUCCCCGCAGGCACAUUUAAAGCCAAUGGAACGCAACAGAUCCCGGAAGAGUACGCCAGCCAGAUCCCUUCAAUUGCCUUCCAGAUCCCCGAUCUGGACGGUCUCGCCAAAAUUGAACUGAAGUCCAAGGACGAUGGGACGGAGGUUGCUUGUAUUCAGUCUGGGCUGUCCAACGGCAAGACCAUGCAAGUUCACAGUGUCACCUAUGCCGCGGCAGGCGUGGCAGGCGCUGCACUGGCUUUGAGCGGACUGUCUGCCCUGGGCACGGCUGGCCACCCGGGAGCGGCUUCGUCUAGUCCCAGUUUCGGCGACGUGAUGGGUUGGUUUCAUAGCAUGGCUACCAAUGGCAUGCUCAGUGUCAGCUAUCCGCCCAUCUAUCGCAGCUUCACCAAGAACUUCGCCUUCAGUACCGGCUUGAUUCCGUGGGGUGACAUGCAAACGGCCAUCGACAACUUCAGAGCAGCCACCGGUGGCAAUCUCACUCAAAAUAGCUAUGAGUUUCUUCGCAAUGCUACUUUGACGUACUCGGACGGUGCCUCGGCGAAUACAACCUCGAAAGUCAAGCGCGGACUGAAUCUGAUAGUGGGCGCUGUCGAUCUGGCAACCAGGGAUCUCUCAGGUUCUUUCAGUAGCGACACCACGUCGAGCAAUUCGACUGAGGGCGAUGAGAGUGCCUUCCACAAGGCCGUUUCUGGCAUCGAGGCCUACGCGGAGCAACUCACGAUUCCCCAAGCGAACACAUUCAUGACAGUCCUGUUGAUUUUUGCCAUCGUCGUCGCCGCCAUCGCUGUGGGUAUCCUGCUUCUAAAAGUCAUCCUUGAACUAUGGGCUCUCUACGGAUCGUUCCCGGACAAGCUCAAAGACUUCCGCAAAGAUUAUUGGGGUCUUCUGGCUAGAACAAUUACCAACUUGAUCCUCAUCUUGUACGGCAUGUGGGUGCUGUAUUGCAUCUAUCAACUGACUACCGGGGACUCGUGGGCUGCAAAGGUGCUUGCAGCCGUCACGCUUGCCGUCUUCACCGGUGUGCUAUUGUUUUUCGGACUCCGUAUUAUGCAUCUGGCCCGAAAAUACAAAAAGACCGAAGGUGAUACGUCGGCACUGUACGAGGACAGAGAGACCUGGCGCAAGUACAGCCUCUUUUACGACAGUUACAAAAAAGACUACUGGUGGCUUUUCGUCCCCGCCAUUGUCUACAUGUUCGCCAAAGGCUGUGUCAUUGCCGGGGCGAAUGGCCAUGGUCUUGUUCAGUCUGCAGGUCAGCUGAUAGUCGAAGCUCUUAUGCUGGGUCUCCUGCUGUGGAAUCGCCCAUAUGUUGCCAAGUCCUCCCAGUGGAUCAAUAUAACGAUUCAAGUCGUUCGUGUCUUGUCGGUUGUUUGUGUCCUGGUAUUUGUUGAGGAGCUUGGCCUUUCGCAGACGACCAAGACCGUAACCGGUAUCGUCCUCAUCGCAGUGCAGUCUGGCCUUACCGGCAUUCUGGCGAUUCUCAUUGCUGUCAAUGCCAUCAUCAUAUGUGUCCGUGAGAACCCUCAUGCUAAGCGGCAAAGAGAAGCUGAAAAACUCAACCGUGAUAUGGACGAUCUUACUCCUCUGGACGCUCGAGAAUCCCUUCUCAUGGAUAACCCGCCUCGGAAAGACUAUGCAGAGAUGAGCAAGUUCAAUUUCACCGGCCCUUACGAACCCUAUAGGGAUCAUCAAGUUCCGCAGCCACAACACGGCCGGAUGGGCAGCACAGAUCGUCUGGUAGAGCCUGCCUACCAUCUGGAUGAUCAACAUGGCCGAAGCUUGAGCCGUGAAAGUCAUCGAAGCAGGGACAGCCGUGGCUCCCCUGAGCGACACCAUGCCACUACCCCGGGUUAUGGCUUUGCUUACUAG